AUGAUUCCUGUAAGAAAAAUUAUAUUAGUUAUAUUAUUAACGGCGCUAACAAUAUGUCAAGGAAAUGAAAACUGGCUUGAAAAUUUGUUUGAAGUAUCCAACGCAGAAAAGAGGAGCAUGUCCGACGUCAUAGUCGACUUUCUAGAUUACGUAUUCCCCAAAGACGAUUCUGAAUCAUCGAUAAUGAAAGAGAUUUUCACAAUGUUCGCAGAAGACGGCCCACCUGGAAUACAAAGUGGAUUGGCGGCGUUGGAAUACGUAAUUGAGCGAUAA